UAUCAGUUUAAUAUUAUAACCAAAUAAAGAAAAGAAAUGCUGAAACCUCCAUCAUUAUUCUUGCUGCUUCUCAUCAUCACAAUUACCCCACUAGUAACAUGCUCAAUAACAUUGAUGUCUCCAAAGGACUUGGUUGAUCAAACAUGCCAGAAAUGCGCAAACCAAUCAAAGAUCCUGAGCUACCCUCUAUGCUCAACGUCCCUCCCUGUAAUCCCUGUGAGCCACUCGGCGAACCUCCAAGGUCUCGCGCUGAUCGCAAUGGAGCUAGCACUAGAGAACGUAACAAGCUCAAUUGAAACCAUAGACAAAUUAUUGGAUGAUGAAAAUGUAAGCAGCAUUAUUGAUAACUUGAAAGAUUGCAUGGAGCUGUACAGUGAUGCGGCGUGGACAAUAGUGAAUUCAAUAGGGGCAUUCUUGUCAGGGAACUAUGAAGUGCCAAUUAAUUGGAUGAGUUCUGUUAUGGAAUCUGCAUCAACAUGCCAGCAAGGGUUUGGGAAAAAGGGUGAGGGUUCUCCAUUGACAACGGAGAAUUACAAUCUUUUCCAGUUAUGUGGUAUUGCAGUUUGCAUCAUCCAAAUGUCUAACCCAGCUGCCAAAGCUUCUUAGUGUUUUUUUCUUUUUCUCCUUUUUUCUUAUUAUAGUAGUGAGGUCAGGAAUUAAUUUUAAUUAGUAAGUAUUUGAAAAAAAAAAACAUGCGAGAAAGAGGGGAGUUACUGAGCAAGUUCAACUGCACAAAAGCGUGUUAGUUGGUUCCAUCAAUUUGGCUGUUAUAUGUCUUCCUCAUAAAUUAAGAGACAUGGAAAUGUAAAAUUCAAACUGGGCAGAGUAGUUACCUAUUCUCUGUUUUA